UUCUAGCUUAAGUUAAACCCAUUUCUUUGAGGAUCAGAAGUUUGGCUUGUGUAUUUAAACUAACUAUAAAACUUCAGCUUUCAACUUAGUUACAGUUUUUAACACAAUUUUGUUAAUUAAUUUUACAAUCUUGGUUUUAUAUGUGUUUUUUUUCUUGUUUAUAUCGUGUUUUUUCUUAAUUAUAAUAUUAUUUAAAAACGUUGUUUGCACCAAGGGUUGUUUUAAUUUUUCAAAAAUGUAGAUUUAAUUUUUAUUGCACAAAAAAAUGUUAUGGAUAGUAUUCUUUCUACUUCCUUGGCUCUUUUAUUGCUGGUAAAAUUUCUGUUUGUUGUGUGCACCAGGGCAGCAGGUGAAAAUAUAGCUUCUUAUCUAAAAACUUUUAAAAGGCAGGUGUUACUUUAGUAAUCUUCACCACUCUUGUUUUUAUUUAUAUUGUGGAUGUUGAGCAUGUUUUUUUAAUUCAAAACCUCUGCGAUGGAGUGUUGUAUACAUAUUUUUUCAAGAAAAAGUUUUUUGCAUGUCCUUUUCUUCUUUUUUGUUUAAAUAUUUGCUCAUUGGUUGCAUUUACAAUGUAUAGGUCUAAUAAAAGAAGAAGAAGAAGAAGAAAUUAUCUCAAAAAUAUAAAAUACAGAAGCUGAGUGAAAAAAUGGGUGUUUUAUAAAAAGCAGCAAAUGUGUUUGAGUUUGUUUAGUUUUCUGGUUAACACAUGGUUUAAAUAUUUUUAUUACAUAUCUGUUUGUUUGUUACAACUUCAAGCUUUUCUUAGUUAGAAAAAACGUGAACAAAAUUAUAGGAAGUUCUGGUUGUUAUUAUGUUGUGAAAUUUUCGAUUAUGAGACUAAAAUCACGAGUUACCUUUCCAACAAGUGUGCCACAACUUGAUAAUCAAACUAAGAUAGAUCUUGCAAAACAAAAUAACAUGGCUACUCUAGCUCAAGCACCAACACACGCAUUUCAAACGAUAGGAAAUAAUGUAAUGGAAGAGAAUUCAGCUGUACUGAAUAAUAUAUCUCAUCACGUAACUGUUUCUAAAAUCAAAUCUCAGCAAGUAAACUUCACAAGUCAGAUCUCAAAACAAAAUUCUUUACCAACAAAUGUGGUUUCGCCUGUACAAAAUGGGAUGGCUUCUUCAAAACCUUAUACAACAUCUCAGAAUCAUCCACCAAAAAUUAAAGUGGUAAACCAGAGUCCAGCUUUUUGCACACCACCAACGCAGAAUGAUACCCAUGACGUUAAGGAAGAAGAAAAAGAAGAAGAUAUUGAAUUAGAAAAAGUAGAAAAUAGUUUAAAUGAAAAAACGGACUGUCCAUUAGCAGCAUUGGAAAGUACUAACUCUGAAUUAUGUAAAAUAAACAAUGACAAGAAAUCUAGUCAAAAUGUAAUACCAAGCAAAGUGAAUAUGUCAACACCACCAAAGCAGCCAAGUUUCGAAUAUAGUUCUUCGCCAUCUUCUACCACUUCAUCUUUAAAUAGAGAAAAUUCUCUUGAUUAUAAAGACUCAACAGGUGUAGAUUUGCAUGAGUUUAUGGUCAAAACAUUGAGAGAAAAUCCAAGGGAUCGCCUCAUGUUGUUGAAACUAGAGCGUGAUUUUACAGACUUCAUUAACGACAUUCAAAAAGGAAGCUACAAAUAUCCACCAAUGACAUCAUAUCAACGCAUGUUAAUUCAUCGUGUUGCAGCUUAUUUUGGUUUAGAUCAUAAUGUAGACUCAUCUGGAAAAUCUGUUAUCAUUAGCAAAACUCCUUCAUCAAGAUGUCCUGAAACGCCAUUCCAAUCAUACUGCAGUCGAGAAUAUACAGAUGAAGAGAUAUCUGCUGUACCUAAAUCAAUUUUGCCUCGAUCUGCUUCUUCUGAUGAGAAUGCUACACCUCCUCGGUAUGCUAGUCCUUUAUCAUCUAUUGAUCAACGCUUUUUAAUGGAAGAAAAACGAUCAAGGUCUAUAGAGGAAAGGGAGGAAGAUUAUCAUCAAGCAAAAGAAAGAAUCUUCAGCAAGGAUCCCUUAGAAACCUUAUCAAAUGCUGAUUCAAAUAGUCCUGUAGACGGGUCAGAAAAAGUCAACAGGUUGCUUGAGCACAAAAUGGACAGUAUGCUGUCUGAAAAGGAGGCUGCUAUUGCAGCUGUUGCUGCUGCUACUGGUUGUAAAACAACUUCUAGUACGAAGAGAUUCAACGAUAGGAAAGCUUUAGGUCAUCUACAGUUUAGUCAUUCUCCCAGACAGCUUGUUGAAAGCUAUUCCCCAACAACUGCUGCAACAAUUGCAAUUAAUCCUCAAACAGGUAGUCAACCUAUUGUGGGUGCAGAUAGUAGUCCUGUGUAUUAUCAUCCCAACUAUCCACAACCGCAUGCAGCACACGUUGCAUAUGUACCAAACACUGGCCAUCCAUAUAUGCAGCAGCAACAGCAGCAGCAUGGGCAGUAUGUACCCGUGUACUAUGUAAGUGGAAGUACUACAUCAAACACAGGCCAGCCUGGCUCACAGUAUUAUAUGCAACAAACUCCUUCAGGACAAGUCUUAUACAUCCCAACACAGAGUACGGUAGAACAGCAGCCAUCUUCUGCUUCCACUGUUGUCUUGUCGCCACAGCAGCAAAUAUCUUAUCACGAUUAUAUUAAUCAAUUGAGUGCAAUGAAUAUUAAUGAACGUCAUUCCAGUAUCUCUACCGAUGAGAAUUCUCUAGAAAAACAACAGGCAACUUCACCAACUAGUCCAGUAGAUGGUGUAAUACCUUGCGCUUCAGAAUUUUCGACUCAUGCCAGACAAGUUGUGUAUGUACAAAACGAACAGCCAGUACAAGGAACUGUGUAUCAGCAACAGGCGAAUUAUCCAUUGCAAUAUUAUCAGAAUAUACAUGGCGGGUAUCCAACGUAUUCUAUUAACCAAUAUGGUCAACAAGAAGCUGGACAAUAUAAUCCUGCCACUGUCCAUUCACCUGUUCUUUCACAACGUACCCCGUCACCUACCGUUCUCCAACAACAGCAACAACACUAUGUGUCUUCACAAUCCGUCCAAAACACUAGAGCUGUUGCACAAGCACAUCAAAUUCAAUCCUCCCAUGGUGUUUGCAGACCAAGAUUUAUUUCUGGUAUUAUGCCUAACCCUAGACCUGGAACGCCUAUGUAUAUACCAGUAGCUACUCCUCAAGGUUCUAUGUUAGUAACAGGACAGUAUCCAGGUAAUGUGUCUGUGAAUGCUAGUGGUUAUCCUAUGCAAUCCAUGUACAGAACUGAUAAAUUUUCAUCGGAAAGUGCAGAGUACAAACUUGAUCCUAGGGAAGGUCGCAACGUAUUAAAUAUCGGCCAGAACAAAGCACUGUUACAAAUGCAACCAACGUAUCAACCCAGUCAUGCGUAUUUAAGUCAUCCUCAAAGGUUUGUCUCGCCUUCAUAUGGUGGUCAGUUGAUACGACCCGUAGUACAGCAAGGACGCAGGUAUAGACCUCACAGACAUGCGACGAACAACCAACAAAUAAGAAUAAGUCGACCGAACUCAAAUUCUAGUGAAGCCGACCAAAAAACUGUUAGUCAUAUAUUGGAAAUUUACGACUUCCCUGACACAGUAACAUCAGAUGCAGAUGCGAUAUUUGACGAAAUCAAGAGCUUUGGUGCUCGUAUUUUAAAAAUCAACAGUAGCAGUUCACAGUCUUUAAGCAGCUCACAUAGUAAUCUUCCUAAUCAACGACCUACGAUUUUAGCUAUUUUUAAAUCAGCGGGUGAAGCACAAAAGGCGUUGGAAUCAGUAACAAGUCCGUAUUAUAAACUAAGAGUCUCGCAAAAGUCGCCCACUCAUUUUGCGGGAGGAGACGGAAGUCCGAUCAAAAACUAGUAGCUGUUUUUCUUUUAAAGGUAAAUACGAGAAAAUAAAGUUUUUAAGUUUAUUUAGAUUGCUAUAUGCAAAAUAUUUUUUAAAGAAUAUAAUACUACUAUUGUCGCUCACCACAGUCUUAACCUUUUUAUCUUUGCAUAUUUAUUUUUAUCUCUUCUUUCACCAGGUUUUGUGACAAUUCCCAGAACUCGGUUUACAAUUCCUAGCUUUUUUAACGUAUUGUUAUAGUGCUUAAACGAACUCUUUGAAGGCUAUGUUUAUAUUAGCGUCGUUUGAUUGCGUAGAUUUUUGUUCGUACCAGAGUAAGAAUAUUGUCAAACAAUAGUGCUAGUGGAGAUCGAACCUAUUCCAAAAGUUCAGGCGCGUUUUGAUUACUGAACUAUAAAUGUGUUUAAAUGAAUUUAUACGUGUAGAAUUUUGUGAAAGAAACGCGGAGUUAGAGAAAUGAAAGCCAGAAUAAUUUGUGUUGUAACACAAUAAUUGUUUUGGUUGUCAUUUUGUGUAAAUCUUUGAUUAUGUAUGAAACCUUUCACCUCCUUGAGUUCCUCAAGAAACUUUUAAACUUCUAAAAGUAGAUUUUAAAACGACUUGAUUACCCAGGAACUUUAUAAAGGAGAGAAAAGCAGUUGAGGUUGAGCAUAAGAGAAUGAACUUCCAUAUAACUUUGGAAUGUACUCCUGUAAUGACGUAAACACUUUCCUUUUUUCAAUUAAAUUAGUGGCUGACGCUUAAAUAUGGUUUCGCGUGAGGAAAUUUCUUUUUCUCAACCUCAUAAAUAUGUGACAUGGUACAGUGAAUAAGAACAAACAUAUAAUGUAUAGUGUAAAAGUGAAAACUAUUCUAGAAUGUUAUUUAUUUGUGUCUAGCGCACCUAUUUACGCAUUUUUCACAAUUUUAAGUUCACAUCAACUCCACUUCGUACGUACAUAUGGAAGGGUGGGAUUGUUUUACAUGAAUUACUCGUACUCAAAAAUUUUGUUUCUACCCUCAUAGAAAAUUCUAUUAUUUUCCUUUAAGCAAUGUUGUUGUGAUAUCACCUGCCCUCAUGUGAUUAGGUAAAUUAUCACAAUAUGGCCAUUAUUAGUGGGAAUUCCUUACCAGUCUCCCCGCACUCGUGGGAUUAAAGAAGAUUGUUGUACGAAAUUAUUAGAAUUUUCUACGUUGAAAACCCCUUUUACUUUUUUCUACGAUAUCGGUGAGCAUAUAUUUAUUUUUGCAUUAAGCUCCUGUGCAGGAGUGGGAAGCCUGGGUUGGGAAAAGAAAUAGACUUAUUUAUAUUUUUCUUUAGCUACCUUUUUAUCUUUGUUAAUUACAUUUUUCUCUAAAUAUUAUAGAUGUAACAGUAAAUAGAAAUAAAUAUUGUGUUUUUAAAAUCA